AUGGCUUGCCAUUCCAAUGAUGCUAAAACAGUUGUUAAGUUCUUACAAAAGCACAUAUUCACUAGAUAUGGUACACCUCGUGCCUUAAUUAGUGAUGAAGGCACUCACUUCAUAAACAACAUGUUAGAAGAAGUUCUUGAUAAGUAUGACAUCAAGCAUAGGGUAGCAACUGCCUACUAUCCUCAGACCAACGGAUUAGCUGAAUUGUCAAAUGGGAAGAUAAAAGGGAUUUUGACCAAAGUAGUCAAGCCACAUAGAAAGGAUUGGGCCUCUAAGUUAGAUGACGCUUUAUGGGCCUACCGAACUGCUUACAAAACCCCUAUUGGUAUGUCUCCCUAUAAAUUGGUCUUUGGAAAAGUUUGCCAUUUACCUGUGGAAUUAGAGCACAAAGCCUAUUGGGUCAUUAAGGAACUUAACAUGAGUUUAGAUGAGGCCGGAAGAAAAAUGACUUUGCAACUUUGUGAAUUGGAAGAGCACAGGAAUUUUUCCUUUGAAAAUGCUAAGCUAUACAAAGAAAAUACAAAAAAAAUGGCAUGA